AUGGAAACACUUGAUAAGCCUGAAGAUUCUAGCUCUUCUGAGCAAAAAUUACUAACACCAGUUCAUCUCAGGGCUUUGUCAUCAAUUUUUCUUAUCCAACGAGAAAAAUGGCAUCCAGAUCUGAUUGGGGUUUUUACAGAAGAAAAAUUGAAGGAUAUUUUCGAUGACCAAUGCAAGCGUUUCAGCAUCAGAAAAUACAGUCGCACGUGUAUCAACAACAUUGAUAGUAUUUCAAGUUUAAUCAACAAUGUCAAAAAUGAUCUCAUCACAGGAGAAGAAGGCAUUGUUCAAGCAUACAAAUUAGGAUUUACACCAUCCCCAUUAUCGAUAACAACAACAAUAACCGCACCACUCAUUACACCAGCAUGUCCAUUAUCACGCCUUCCAAGGAAUAUUAGCAAGCUUUUGAAAUGUGUGGCCAAACUGAUCGAAAAGUUGCCCAAUCAAGAUGUUAAGGAGGAUGUCCUAGAAUCUGAGUUAUGCCAAAGAUACAUUGAUCCUAUACUGUCUGGAUUAUUUGAUAAUCCAGAUAAGGGCAUUCUGUUUAGAUGGUAUGUGUACACGAUUGGACGAGUGUUACAAAUGAAGAAUCGAAAAAACGGACUUAUAACAAAGCAGCGUCCCGACAGUAUAAUCACCAGCUUGGAUGGACUCUAUUAUGGACCAUCGUUAGGAUUUGUUGAAGUUAAAAGCGUCAAAAGAAGAAAUGAUAAGUCUGCAACAUCAAACGACCUUGUUCGAAUUGGAUUAUUGACUAAAAAUUCUAUUGAUCGAUCAAACGCAAAUGGUUGCCUUGGAAUACAAGUAAUAGGCAAGUAUUAA